UCAAACUUGCGGGUUCGAUGAGAUUGAAAGUAAAAUUGUUCAUAUUUUUAACUAAUUCUCAGCAUGUUUUCGUAGCGAAACGUAGAAGUUACUGCUAAAGAUAAAUAGAAGAAGGCAGUAGCAAAAAUGGCAAAUCAUUAUGAAGUACCCAGCUGGGCUGGUAAGCCUCCUACGGGGUUGCAUCUGGAUGUGUUAAAAGGGGAUAAGUUGAUACAAAAGCUGAUGAUAGAUGAUAAGAAAUGCUACCUGUUUGGUCGGAACCCUCAGAUGAAUGACUUCUGUAUCGACCAUGCUAGCUGCUCAAGAGUUCACGCCGCACUUGUGUAUCACAAGCACUUAAACAGGUCCUUUUUGGUUGACCUGGGCAGCACACAUGGCACCUACAUCGGGCAGAUGCGGCUGGAGUCGAACAAGCCGACUCAACUACCCAUCGACUCCGUCUUCCACUUCGGAGCUUCCACGAGAAAUUAUAUUAUCAGAGAGCGUCCGACGGGCAACCAGCGCGGUAUCAUGGAGGAGCUACCCAACACGGAGACCGAAGGCGCACUGCUAGGCCUGCCUGAGACGCAGACAGAGCUAGAUAAUUUAACGGAAUUCAACACGGCGCAUAAUCGGCGGAUUUCGAUGUUGGGAAUAUCUACAGACGACGGGACUGAUGUUAUGAAGCCCCCUACAGGCACUAAACGCUCAGCAUCGAUGCCAGCGGGCGGCGCAGCGAAGAAACCCAAACGAAACGUGUCGUUCAAUGAGGAGGUUGACAUCAUCAACCCGGAGGACAUUGACCCCACAGUGGGCAGGUUCCGCAACCUGGUCAAGUCAACCAUAGUGCCCAACGCGAACAAUGCUCCUAGGAAGCUGAAGCUGCAAAGUGCUGAUGACAGCCAGCACCACCACUCGCUGCGGCUGCAGGAGAUCUCCCGCGGCAACAACCUCUACUCCGACCUGCCCGCGCCCAGCUCGCACCUCAGCCUCAUUGGGGCCAGAUUGGGUCUUUCAUUACCGAACCCGGCGCCGGACGUUGAACUCGAGGGUCCGGAGCCACACCUCAACAUUCAUCCGCCGCUGCCUCACCCAGCACCAGAAGACGCUGGUCCUUCGAGCGAGCCUAAAAGAAAGAAGUACGCGAAGGAGGCCUGGCCGGGGAGGAAACCUGGACACGUGCCCGGGGUCUGAGACACGCCGCGUGUCUAAUGGAGCUUCAUUGUUCGACACGACACUACUUCGGGAGGUCACUACAGCAGGGUCUACACGGUUACGCUAUCGCGCACGGCGCGACGUUUUGUCAUCAUCGGUUGAGCCGUACAAUUAUAUACAUACACAGCAUUCGUUGCGUCUGUCGGUCGAAUUCCGACGUAUCGAGCCGACGGGAUAGCACAACCCAUGCAAACCUCCAGAGACAUACAACUAGAAGAAACACUUUGUUAUUUUAAACCUACAAACCUACGAAUGCGUGCACUGAGAGAUUUCUUCUCAAUCAAUCAUCGUGAAAAAAUCCUCAAUAACCUGUGGAGUGGGUCUUUCUACCGCUUCACUGCGUGUUGGAGAUACAUCGAUAAAUUAAAAAAGACUUCUAAAAAUCCUUAAACUCCAUAAAACGUAACAUGAUUAGAUUGAUAUAUAUCUUUCUCUUUCUCUAAGCUAUAUACUGUCAAUGCAAAAGAAACUUCCUUCAUCUCUUUCGCACUAGGCGAUGUUCCAUAUGUCUAUCCUGCUAACCUUCUAAUCAUGGUACGUUUUUUACAGAGUUUUAAUUUAUCUAAAGAAAUUAAAGCACUCUGCGUGUUAGAAGGUAAUGUGUUUUUUUUAUUAAUACUAUAGUGGCCCCGUUUCAUGCACACACCUCCUAAAUUUAUUUUAAGUUAUACCUGUCAUUUUCUUAUCCGCCCACAAGGGAAGGGACGGAUGAUUGACAACUGUUAAUUUAAUAAUGAAUAACCCGGGCGAAUAAAAUAGACAUCUCACUCAUAUGCAACCCGUUUGACGAGUGCUGUCAAGUAAAUUCUGUGGGCAAUAUAAAAUUUUGGAAGGGUUUUUUUUAACUUCUUCCUUAAAAUUGACGUGUGGUCCAUAAAUUUUAUGCCUGUCGAUUACCCGUCCCUUUCUUUUUCAGCGGAUAAGAAAUGACAGGUAUAACUUAAAAUAAAAUUAGGUAGUGUGUACAGGAAUCAGCACCAAUUUUUAUUUAGUUCGUCAGGUGCACAUAAUAUCGAAUGCAUUAUUUUUUAUUUCUUAUCAUGAAUUUUAGGAUACUCUUUAAGCAUGGAUAGUUUUUGUUUGCUCUUGUCAAUGAAUUUUGUUUAUAUUCUCAUUUUCCGUUGAUGUACGUAGACCCCGAUAAUGAUGAUGUUGAGCGCAUGCAUUUAUCUCGGUUUGGUAUGCUGUUGUCACUCAGACACCCUUUGAGUGUCAAAAUUUGUUUCAUUUGACAAUUUUGAAACAGCCAUCCACGCCCCUUGACUUUUUAGCGGGUUAAGGUGAAGGCGUGUGCCUUCACCUUAAGCGCGCCGCAGGAGUCGCACGCGGCGAAAUCAUCGUAUUUUAAUAAAAUCGAAAUCGAAUGCAACUUCGCGCACCUAUAUAGAUGACUUCGGCGCGCACGGACCCUGCGGCGCGUCUAAGUGGCGCGUUCAUCUUUACAUCACAUUGAUUAUCAUAUAGCUAUGUAAAAAACGAGAGUUUCGCAGGUUCUUUUAUAUUAACGUUCUGUGAGGUGAACAUUUUGAAUUAAUUUAUGUCCAAUACAUUUUAGAAACAGACAAGAAUGAUACAUUCAACAAAUCUAGACAAUUGUUCCCAGUAGUCCCCUGUAGCCCUGUCCCCCGAAGUCCAUCUACGUAGCGUUAUCAUUGUCUCGUUUCCACAGGGACCGCCGACCUAACCUGAAGAUUUGACAGGUCCGGUUUUUUUAAAGAAGCGACUGCUAUCUGACCUCCCCACCCGAAGGAAAAAUACAUUUCUCGGUAAUGUGGGUUUCCUCACGAUGUUAUCCUUCACCGCUGAGCAGAUGUUAAUCAUUUAAGAUACAAAAAUGUUGUUUUUUUAAACAAAACUAGACGUAAAAAUGGAAUAAUAAUAACUAAUAGGUAGUCAUUGGUCUUUGUAAGGAAAUGUUACCUAAUAAUUAGGUAGAGAUGUAUUUACAAAUAUUUGGAAUUAUACAUUUUGUAAAGCAUCCAAUAAAUAAUGUUCCGUGCUGUGAACUCGUAUUUGUAUAAGUGAAGAAUAAAUAAAUGAUUUUAUCUUAAACUUGA